GUGUGUGUGCACCUGUUGUAGAAAUGUCCACUACAAUUGUGUAUAAUUAUCAAAUGUGUGCCUGCUGUGUACCAGGCGCAAGAAGUGGGUGUGAUCGGAGUCUCUCUAUAUAACCAAGGGUGGAAUUUCCUGAAUCAGAGUGCCGAUGGAGGGAAAAGAGAAAGACCAGCCCAGUGAGACAACUGAAACAAUUAGACAAUAUCGUUCCUACUUAGUUGACAUUGAAUUGAAAACAACAUAUGGACCAAGCUGCUUCCAAUUGCCGCCUCAGAUCGACAUGUGUGAAACUUUAUCUGUGCUCUAACCCUACAGACAGCGUGGUAGAGCGGAGAGCUCUGAGAGAGGUUGUGUUCCCCAAACUAAGAGAGCAUUGCAGACACAAGCUGGGAGUGGACUUCAGGGCUUUGAUAGGACCUGAAUACGGCAGGGCCAGUCUUCCUGCCCAGGUGGAGGUGUCCCACUUCCACUUGCUGCUGCAGCAGAUCCAACAAGCAGGCCUCAGCACCAAAGAGCUGGAGAGAGUUUACCACAGAGAUGAGAACACCGUUCCGCCGACGUUCUGCUUGAGAGCCUCGUGCCUGCCUCAGCAGGAGAAUCACAUGGAGGAUUUGGUGAAGAUGUUUGAGGCUGCUGUGAGUCUGUGUGUGCACAAGAACCUUCUGACCGAAGCGAAAGGCCUCACGUUCAACAGAUCAGUCCUUGAUGGCGAUCUACGGUUUGGCCUGAACAACUGUCCUCGUCAUGACGCCGUCAGACGCUGCCUUGCUUACGUCCACAAGGUCACCAAUCUGAAGGUGGAACAAGAGGGCACUGUUCCAAACUCUGCCCGAGUAAGAUCAUCAUCCAGUGAGGCAGAUUUACUCUCAGAUCUGAUUGACAACUUCCUGAAAGGCCUCAUCGACUCCUCCCAGCUUGAAGCCUACACCACCGCUACAAAUUGUGACCGUCGCCGUGGUUACACCACAGCGCGGAGGCGGGCGUAUGCAGACUUGCUCUGCCAUCAGGUGUAUUCUGACCUGGUGAGGUUGACUGACAACAUUGCAGAGUCUGGACAAAUUGGAAGCGGUUACCUCAGUGAUGCUUUGGCACGGGAGCAAGUCCAACAGGAGGAGCUGUGCGCCAUACUGUCAGGGUUUUACGUCAUCACGAGGCCAGAAAUGGAAGAGAUCCGAGCCUACGUACAGCAGAGCGACCAGCGGCGUCCACUCGUGCUGACGGGAGGUCCUUGUGCAGGGAAAAGAGUGCUGCUGGCUCACUGUGCUCACCAGAUGAGGUCCUGGCUGCGUGACACCGAUCCUGCUGUGAUCACCUUUUUUACCGACUUGCCGCACCUCCCUUCCGCAGAGCGCCUGCUGUCCAGCUUGUGUUAUCAAAUCCUCAGGAGUUACGACCGCUCUUCGUCUUCACAAGACCUCAACGCUGGCCAUCGCCGAGGUGUCACUGAGCUGAGAAACGCUGAAUCUAGCGUCGCUCACCUUAACCCAAGGACUGUGUUUAGAGCCAUCAAAAAACCUGACAUCAGCCUGUAUGAAGUGAAAGAAUAUCUUUGCUUCCUCCUCUCCUUGCUGCCGUCUUCCAAAAAGCCUUUAGUUCUGAUCCUGGAUGGGGUGGAUCAAAUGGGGCGUAAUUUCGCCGUGCAAAUUAUCGAAAGCCUGCCCUCCCCUCUUCCUCCCGGAGUCAAAAUCAUUCUCGGUAUCUCCUCCAAACACACGCAUCUCAUGCAGGUCAUCAAACUACAUUACCCAGAGUGCAGUGCACCUGGCUUUGUUUCAGAGGGAGUUAAGAAGCAGUUGGGUUAUGUGCAUGUACUGCUGGGUUCUGCAGACAGGAAGCAAUGUCUGAAGGUGCUCAUGUCACUGCUGAGCAACUCCAGGAGAAGAGUGACUUCGGGACAACUGGCACUGCUGAACCAAGCGCUGACUUCCUGUUGUUUCACCCUCUACGUCCGCUUACUUCACUGUCACACGUCAUUCUGGUGCUCAGAUUCAGAGGUAUCAGAGUCACAUCUCCCUGACGGGGUCCACUCAUCCGUUGCUGCCCUGCUGGAUCACUUGGAGCACAAAUAUUCUUCCCCUGUGGUUGCUCAUGCCCUCUCUUACCUCGCCAUAUCCAGUGUAGGACUCACAGAGGCAGAACUUGCAGAUCUCCUGUCCAGAGCCCACGCCAAUCAGAUCACGCAAGUGGAUGUAGAGCGACUGCUUCUCGAACUGAAGGGCUUUCUCAUCAGAAGGACUGUCACAGGGUGUCAAGUUUUUACCUGGGUCAGCCGACAUUUUCGACUUGUCGUGGCAAAGACCUAUUUAGACACACGUGAGGCCAGGAGAAAAAUUCAUUCAGAGAUGGCCGAUUAUUUCAUUAGUAGAUGGAAUGCAUGCCUUGAAACGUCAUGCCUAGACGAAGGCAGCGCGCAAACGAGUGCAUACGUGGAAGAGCGGCCGCCCCUCAUAGAUGCUGUGAAUGCGAGAAAAGCUGUGGAGCUGAUGUAUCACUUACAAGAAAGCAACAGUUUAGAGUUAAGAUGGAAGGUGUUGACGUCAUGGAGGUUCCAUCAUGUUUUGGUGAAGGCUGGCCUCCUAAGGGAUCUUGUGGCCAUGUUGAGGCAAGAGCAGGGAUCUUGGGACAAUCUAAGGGAAUGCUCACUCCUGGCGAGCAUAUUGGCGUCCUCGUCGUGUUUCCUGCAGAGCUCCCCUAUAGAGCUGCCCACAUUAAUGGAGGCAAGCCUCCUCCCAUAUUUGGAGGUCUUUCCUGCGCUCAGAUUUUAUGUCGACGAGAUCAGAUGGGAGAGAGGGAUAAGAGGCUGCGGACUGGCAGUAUUGCUUCCUCCGUCUCCCGACACUGUCCCCCUGCUUCGGCAUCUCCAGCGUGACGGCGGACCAACUCAGCUCACUGUGACCGCUGCAGGGACACGCUGUGGGACGAUCACAGAGAUUAUGCGUGAUGGCUCAGCGUGGCUGUGGAACGGCUCGGACUUUGGUAUGGUGCGACUUUCGCCGAACUGUGAGCAGGGAGAAAUCAAGUUUGCAGGAGUGAAAAGCAGCCACCGAUUCAUGUUAUUUGCCACCUUAUGCAACAAACUGUUCUUGUGCGAUGUUACAGCUCCAGAAAUCUUUGUGGAGGUCAAAGCCUCACACACACCGAACAUGUUUGAGGGCUUUGUGGCAUUUGAUCGACAGUUAUGUGUAUGGUGGAAGCAGGACAGCAUUGUGGGACUGUUCGAUGCCUCCAACACAAGUGUGACAAAUUUGAAGUGUCCGAGCUACGUAACCUGUGUGGCGUUCAGUUCUUUAGGCUCCCACAUUUAUUGUGGCCAGGAAGAAGGCACCGUUUCUAUAUUUGACAUAGACAGCUGCAGCCUCCUUUGCUCCUGUUCAAACUCAAACCGCUGUGCAAUUGUGUCGAUAAUCCUCUGUAAGGAUAAAGAGGAGAUGGCGUGCGUUGCAAGGUCGGGAGCUCUGAAACUAUGGAAAGUUCCUGCCAAAACACAAACACCAAGAUUUGUUAAAGAAGCCUCUGCUGGAAGCGAGUUUAACGACAUGCUCAAUACUGAUUACUUGUAUGAAUUCAGCAGUUUUUUGGUAUGUCACUGUAAGCAGGUCACAGUGUGGGAUACGUGUGAGUGGGAGAAGUCUGACUACUUCUGGGCUCCGCAGGGUCAAGCCUUCGCUCAAGUGGUGUUUUCCCAAGAUGGACACCAUUUAGUGGCUUUACUAGAGGACUCGCCUCUGGUGUUGGUUUGGAGGCUUAGCACAGCACAGUGUGUCCUCUCUUUAAAUGCCAACAACCUGCCUCAUACACUCCUCAAAACCACCUCACAUAUUGUGUGUGUCACGGACAAUGGCUGCCUUCUUGCGUGGGAUGCCGAGAUGGUUUAUAUUGCUGGCGAAGCUCCAAAAAUGGAAUGCGGGGUGAAAGAUGUGACGGUGGAACAAACAGGACAGUGGUUCUACACAGCAGAUGGGACGGACACGGUGUGGAGUUGGAGCUUCCAAACAGGUCUUCCACAUGCCAACUUUCUGCAUGAUAAUCCUGUGAAGAAGAUACGUCUUAGUAAGGAUGACCUGACCCUUGUGACACUCUCCGGUGAAGAUAUUUACAUUUGGCAAACAGAAACAGGGCAGAAUAGUUUACGUAUAGGUGGGAGCAGAGCUACGGAUGUUCUUAUUACGCCCAAUUGUAAGUUUGGUGUGAGCAUUUGUGAGCAAGGGCUGUCUCGGGUAUGGAAAAUGGCACACGGGGGUGUUGUAUGUGGUAUUCACCUGUACCUUUGUGAUGCACAGGUGUCGCCUGAGAGCACCUUUCUCAUUGGCCUCCAUGGCGGAGACCUGCUGGCUGCCAGCUUGUGGUCGGGCACUAUCAGCAGAAGCUUCUCCAGGGCGAAAAGCUCCGAAGAUGUUGUUGCUUUCCACACACUUUCACAGCACACCGAUUUUGUGGUCGUGAUGGUUGCCUCGGGAGGCAUCUACACCUGGAAGAUGUCCGAUGAGACGGUGUGCAGGCACUUUCAGCUGCCGGGGACAUUAUAUUGUCAACCGCAGAACUUUCAGAUGACGUCAAAUGGAAGCUUUGCAUUGUUGUCUAUUGAUAAUGAAGCGAUCACCCUCUUGGAUGUAUCUCGGGUCAGACUGUGUUCAUUUAAAGCUGGGGGUUCUGUAAUGAAAGCCUGCUUGGAUGAAACGGGACGUUACAUGGCUUACAUAUCACAGCGAACAAGCCAGGAGCGCCAAAGAUGUACCUGUUCCCAGCAUGCACAUCCCACCCUCACCGUGGUGCAACUUUCUGAUGGAGAGAAAAUUGGCCGGGUGUUUCUGUGUAAGGAUCCAUUGACGCUUCUUGUACAUGGACAGCAAUGUGUGUUUGUGGGUUUUCGAGAUGGGUCGGUAGGUGUGUAUUCUAUUUCAGGGCCCUUGAUAGGUGGGGAGGAUGCAGGCAGAUGCGUCAAAAACUUGGGUGGUCAGUUAAGGGGCUGCUGUUGGAAUGCAGGACCACUGAGGUGGUUUCCCCUAAAAACACCCAACAUUACAUGGCCUUAGCGACUAUGUGUUACAUAGAACAGGUGCGCCUUGAGUUUUUCAGGAUACGAGCGAGCUUCAGAACCAGAUGGGCUUGGCGGCAGACGCACUGCACGAUAUCCAGCAACCAUCGAUUCACAUUUGCUUCCUUGCAAUGGAAGGACAAUUUCAGUUGGUGGCAGCAAAGCUGGUUUUCCAACUGCCAAAAGCACAACAAGGAAGGACAAUACAGGAGGUACAGGGCCUCUUUGGCAAGUUCAAUCUCCUCAACUUUAUGCCACAUUUCCUUAACCUUUGUUGGAAUACGUCAUCGGUUCAAGGAGAGAUGAAAAGUUAUUGUAGGAAAGGACCGCUCUGUUUCAAAUGAACUUAACUCCACUUUUCCUAACCGUUGUCAUCACGUGACGGCGAGUAUUGAUGAUGUAAAGUUUCUAGCUUGCUUUAUUUUCUUUUUUCUGUCCUUUCUCUCUUUCGCUCAAAGAUUUAUCUCUCGCACGUUUCUGUAUUUUAUGAUAUUUUGUGUUUACAGCUGUUUUUUUCUGUAUGGAUUGUAAGGUUAGUCUUACUUUCUUUAAGCAAUUUUUUUAUGUUCACAUUGCUUUUCUAUAAGACUCUUCUUGAUGCAUGUUUAUUUAUAUUUGCUUUUCUGUUCUUAUUAAAAUAUAUAUUUUUGUAUGAUUAAUUUUAAAGUCUCUCGCAUGGAACUCUUGAGUGUCUUUGCGUAGUCUGUGAACUUCUUCGGUGGUCUGUUGCUUAAAAUAUUGCUACCAUAAAGGAUUGUGUGUUAUACGGUGUAUCUCCUUUGCUUUUGAAAAGAGUGUUCAGGAGUAACCUUUCCUCGAGGUGGCUUAAAGGUUGCUUUGAGGCACCUUUCCUAAGCGUUUUUAGAAUUUAAACGACCUAAAGCCGUAAUUGUGUGUUUCUAUACAGUACAAUAAUGUUGAGUGCAAUUGUACUUAAAGUUUUACUUUUAAAAAA